UUUUACCGUACGCGGACCUGACGCUGGUCGCUCCGUGCCGUUAAGCCGCUCACGGUGAUAAGUAGCGGACAAGUCAGAGGCAGUCGGAUCCUGCUCAGUGGACGUUACCGGAGCAGAGCGGCCUGUCGUUCUUCGCUGACGCCGAUGCUGCGGACGUGACGGAGCGGCAUGAUGAUGAUCUCUGCGUGGGACCGCUGGUUCUCCACCAGCUGCUGUCUGUGCUGCCAUGUCCGCACCGGAACCAUCAUCCUGGGGGUCUGGUACAUGCUCAUCAAUGCUGUGGUGUUGCUCAUCCUGCUCACGGCACUCAGCGAUCCUGAGCAGUACCACCUGACCAGCGCUGAGUUGGCUAAUGACCUGGAUGUCAUGGAUGAUGCCAACAUGUGCAUCGCCUCAGCCAUCUCUCUGCUGAUGAUUCUCAUCUGUGGGAUGGCGACAUACGGUGCAUACAAGCUGCGUGCAGCCUGGAUCGUCCCGUUUUUCAGCUACCAAAUAUUUGACUUUGCUCUCAACACCCUGGUGGCCGUCAGCAUCGUGGUUUACCCCAACACCAUCCAGGACUACCUGCAGCAGCUGCCCGAUAACUUCCCCUAUAAGGAGGAGAUUUCCGCUCUCAGCAACGUGUGCUUGGUCCUGAUCGUGCUGCUCUUCAUCAGCUGUAUUCUCGGCUUUAAGGCCUACCUCAUAGCAUGCGUGUGGAACUGCUACAGAUACGUGAGUGGCCAGGGAGCUUCAGAAAUCCUGCUCUAUGUAACGACCAACGACACCACAUUGGAACCAGAAUAUUCGUGUCAGGUGCUGCUGCCUCCAUACGAUGACAGUGUCAGUGUUCCUCCCAAGCAGGGCCCCCCCCCCUACACCACCGCUACGGCCUGAAACCAGCCCAGAGCCAAUGCACCGCCCUGCCUCUCCAGUUUACAGCCUAACACACACGCACGCACACACACACACACACACACACACACACACACACACACACACACACACACACACACACACACACACACACACAUAUAUAGCACACACGCACGCGCCCGCAAGCACACACACAAAACACAUACACACGCACGCACACAAAACACACACACACACACCACCGCCGUGACCUCUCAUUGCUUCCUGUUAUGUAUUUCUCACGUUAAUUCUUACUGUAACUCUUAACACCUGUUAGUUUAAUUUCCUGAAAGUUUUUAUUCAUUGAUUUUAUUUGAAUCUGGGUGAAGUAAAAUUUGAAAGCACUAGACAGUCUGAGUCCUAUAGAUAUAGGUGUAUUUGUGUUAAGUCUAGUGUUUUGUGUAACUGUGUUUUGUGAGUCCUUGCUCUGAUAAAUCUAUUCAACCUGUGCACAACUGCGAGAGCGGCCGUGGAGUUGCCCACUGCAGUGAGUGAAGUCACCACAUGUUGGAUCGCCUUUAAUCCAGAUGUUUUCUAAUGGAGCUUACCUUAUGGAGCCAUGUGUGAAGUGUCAGCUGGACAGGAAGGACACGAUAAACACAGCAACCUAAUGUAUAGUGAACAUAUCAGCUUGUUUCAUGAUGAUCGACGCGGGUAACGUUUCAAUGAGACGUGUCUUUGGCUGCUAUUCACCCAUUUUGACAGCACAAAAGCAGCGCUGAUCUGGAAUCAUUUCGCUCUUUGAAGUCGCUCUGAAUGAUUUGCUAGAGGGAAGAUGCUGCAGCGACUCCAGACGGGACCUUCAGGAGCUCGCUGAAUACGGACCCGGGCUGUGGUCGUUGGGCCGGGGUCUGUGUAAACACUGGGGUCUGCCCCACGGAGCUGCUCCCUGCAAGGACGUCAAACCGAGGCUGCUGCUGCAUAAAAAAUAAAGAUGGGAUAUGCGUUUGUCAAAAUAAAAUCUAAUUUUACUGACA